AUGUGUGAGUUUGUGAAAGGACUAGAGUUCAAGUAUGUGGUUGUACGGGUAUUUGAUGACGAGAGGAAGAAGACUACAAUGGUAAAGCUUGAUGGUUGUGAAACUUAUGUUGGUUUUGUUAUUGGUGAAUCUUCUAAUCUGGAUGGAGAAUCACGAAUGUAG